CAGGCUUCACAAAGCUGUCAGUGCAAACAACGGGAUCCAAAGAGACACAACCAGGAGCCAUAAUGGACCUGCUGCACAGUGCUGGGGUGCAGGUGGUGCACUACCUGCAGGAGAACUACCAGGGCUUCCAGGACUGGUUCCUCUUCAUCUCCUUCGCUGCCGACCUUAAAACCACCUUCUUCAUCUUCUUCCCCAUCUGGUUCCACCUCUGCGAGGCCGUGGGCGUCAAGCUGAUCUGGGUGGCCGUGAUCGGGGACUGGCUCAACCUGGUCUUUAAGUGGAUCCUCUUUGGGCAGAGACCCUACUGGUGGGUCCAUGAGACCGGUUACUAUGGCAACGCCUCCACCCCUGUGAUCCAGCAGUUCCCCCUCACCUGUGAGACCGGCCCAGGAAGCCCCUCAGGCCACGCCAUGGGUUCUGCUGGAGUCUACUACGUCAUGGUGACGGCCCUGCUGCCCUGCGUCCAGGGCACCCAGCACAGAUCCCGUGCAGCCAGCCCAGGGGUGAAAGGACUAAGUGCAGAGGGGCCAGCUGGGGGAAGCAGCUUGAAGGCGGUAACUAGCCCGGAUCAGCCCAGCUCUGAAGAGGAGGCGGUGGGAGGCCUGAGGGGGCAGGAGGGCUGGACUCGCAGGACUAAAGAAAAGCUUAGCACUUUCGGAGAGAGGUGCCUCCGCGGCCUCCUGUGGCUUGCGUUCUGGGCCGUGCAGGUCUGCGUCUGCUUGUCCCGAGUCUUCCUAGCUGCUCACUUCCCCCAUCAGGUGAUCGCAGGGGUCAUCUCAGGGAUGGUAGUAGCAGAAGCGUUUGACCACAUCCACUCCAUCUACAACGCCAGUCUCCGGCGGUACCUGGGCACCACCCUCUUCCUGUUCAGCUUUGCCCUGGGGUUCUACCUGCUGCUGAAGGCUCUCGGCGUUGACCUGCUGUGGACCAUGGAGAAAGCCAAGAGGUGGUGUGACCGGCCGGAGUGGGUCCACAUUGAAACCACCCCCUUCGCCGGCCUCCUCAGGAACCUGGGCAUCCUGUUUGGGCUGGGGCUGGCCCUCAACUCCCAGAUGUACCUGGAGAGCUGCAAAGGGAAGAUGGGCCAGCAGCUGCCCUUCCGCCUCAGCUGUAUCGCGGCCUCGCUCCUCGUCCUGCACCUCUUCGAUUCCUUCGACCUCCCCACAGACAGAGAGCUACUGUUCUACGUCCUGUCCUUCUGCAAGAGUGCCGCUGCCCACCUGUGUGCGGUGGCACUCAUCCCCUACUGCAUUGCCCAGGUGCUCAGGAGGGGUGACAAGAAGAUCCUUUAGCUGACCUGCAAACUUGCGUCAUAGCUGCCAAGCCAGGCUGCUCUUCGGGGCAGGGGAAUGUGCUCUGCAGGGCUCCCCCUUCCCUUUCCCACUGCAGUAACAGGUCUCCACAGACCUCACAGCUCUGGGUUACGUGAUCGGCUCAGUGCCGUGAAGUGGAAGGGGAAGUUCACUGUCUCCUGUGUGGGAAAGGAAGUGAGUGACUAUCACACACCUCAGUGCUGCACAGGGUGAAAUGUAAUGGGGUCCUCGUUCAGCCACAGCCCCUGGCCCAGCCCACGGUAACCUCUGCUCUAGGCAGUGUGAGUAGAUAACGGGGCGGUCAGGAACGCUGUCCCAGCCGAGGGCAUAGCCACAGCUGAGGGGGAGGUGUCCCACACAGAAUUCGGCUCUUGGCCACCUUGUCAGCCUCUUACACUACAACGUACCAAACGCUCUCCAGAGCGGGGAACAGUCGGCACCUACCCAUCUUAUGGCUCAGUCCCCUCUGGGCUAAUGCGUUUGGCUAUGGACACACUGAACAGCGGUGCUGUCAAUCAACUCGGCCCCAGCAGAGCAGGGAUGGCGUGUCCAUGGGCUCCCAGCCCGGGAAAGCUGUGCUGAGGUUGCAAGGAGUGCCAUAGGCGUGGGUGUGUCUGUGCG